UCCGCCCGCGGCCCCGGAUGAGCGGAACGGAGCGGCGCCCACUGGAUACCAGCCGCUCUCUCCCAGCUCCCGACGCCAGCCGGACGCGGCCGGAGCGCGGCCCAUGCCCCAGGAGAACAUUGAGUUGGAUAAGAAAGGGGGGCAACAAUGCACCACGGCAGCGGCCCCCAGAGCGCCCCACACCAGCUGCAGAGGUCCCGUGCCUUCGCUGGCAGCGAAGAAGAGCCACAGGCCCCCCCAAACCCACCCCCAUCCCCUGCCACGCCCUUUGCGCCUUCGGCCAGCCCGUCUGCACCCCAGUCGCCUGGCUACCAAGUCCAGCAGCUGAUGAGCAGGAGCCCCGCAGCCGGGCCCAGCGUGAACCUGGCCCUCCAGACUGUGGGGCCAGUGGGGGGAGGAAACCCAGCGCUCACGCUCGCCCCCCUGCCGCUCCCCAGCCCCACAUCUCCGGGCUUCCAGUUCAGUGCACAGCCACGACGGUUUGAGCACGGAUCGCCGUCGUAUAUCCAGGUCACUUCACCACUGUCCCAGCAGGUGCAGACGCAGAGUCCCACACAGCCCAGCCCCGGGCCGGGGCCAGGCCUGCAGAGUGUGCGUGCGGGUGCCCCGGGCCCCGGCCUGGGCUUGUGCAGCAGCCCGACUGGGGGCUUUGUGGACGCCAGCGUGCUGGUGAGGCAGAUCAGCCUGAGCCCGUCCACGGGCGGGCACUUCGUGUUUCAGGACGGCUCGGGCCUCGGCCAGAUGGCACCGGGGGCCCAGGUUCCGCUGCAGCAUGCAGGGCCUCCCCUGGCAGUCCGGGAGCGGAGGCUGUCCCAGCCCCACGCACAGUCUGGGGGGACCGUCCACCACCUGGGGCCCCAGAGCCCUGCUGCCUCAGGCGGGGCCGGCCUGCCGCCCCUGGCCAGCCCCGGCCACAUGGCCACGGCGAGCUUGCCGCCCCAAAUCAGCAGCAUCAUCCAGGGCCAGCUGAUCCAGCAGCAGCAGCUGCAGGGGCCACCGCUGCCCAGACCCCUGCUGCCCGGGGUCGCCGUUGGGGGGGUUCCGGCAUUUGGGAUGACGUCCCCGCCGCCCCCCAGCAGCCCUUCCAGGACCGCGGUGCCCCCAGGCCUCUCCAGCCUUCCCUUGUCGUCCGCGGGGAGCGCGGGGGGCAGAAAGGCCCCCAAGAAGCUGGAGGAGAUCCCCCCGGCCUCCCAGGAGCUGGCCCAGAUGCGGAAGCAGUGCCUGGACCACCACCACCGGGAGAUGGAGUCCCUGAGGGAGACCUUCAGGGAGUACCUGAUCGAGCUGUUUUUCCUGCAACACCUGCAAGGGAACAUGAUGGACUUCCUGGCCUUUAAGAAGAAACACUACGCCCCAUUGCAGGCUUAUCUGAGGCAGAAUGACCUGGACCUGGAGGAGGAGGACGAGGAGGAGGAGGAGGAGGAGGAGGAGAAGUCCGAGGUCAUCAACGACGAGGUAAAGGUUGUGACAGGAAAGGAUGGGCAGACUGGUACUCCCGUUGCUAUAGCAACCCAGCUUCCUCCAAAUGUUUCUGCUGCUUUUUCAUCCCAGCAGCAACCAUUUCAGCAGCAAGGCCUCCCAGGGAGCCUGGUGACAGGGGCUGGAAGUGCCAUAGAAACGGACCCCUUUAGGAGACAGCAGGCGGGACCCCCGGCAGAGCAAUCUAAGCGAUCUCGACUUGAAGUUGGUCACCAAGGGGUAGUUUUCCAGCACCCAGGGGUGAAUACGGGAGUUCCUCUCCAGCAGUUAAUGCCGACAGUUCAAGGAGGGAUGCCUCCUGCCCCCCAGGCCGCUCAGCUCGCAGGACAGAAGCCGAACCAGCAGCAGUAUGACCCGUCCACAGGGCCCCCGGUGCAGAACGCCGCCAGCCUGCACACGCCGCCCCCGCAGCUCCCCAGCAGGCUGGCCCCGGCCGGCCUCCCUGCGACACCCCUGCCGCCGGCACUGCAGUUCCCACAGCCGCCGCAGCCGGCAGAGCCACAGGCAAAGGCACCACCACCCAAUGCACCCGUCCCAGCACCCUCCGCUGGCCAGCAUCCUGCACCCACGCAGCCCACACCACCGGCCCUGCACGUGCCCAUGCCCGGGAAGGCGCAGAUGCAGGCCCCACCGCUGCCGUGCCAGCCCCAGACGGUGACGUCCACGAGACCCCCUGUGGACCCCGCGCAGCCCUGUCAGCGGCCCCCACCCACCUCCUCAGCCUCGGCCAUUGCUCCCACCAGCGGCUCAGGCCCAGGACCCUCGCCUGCACGGGCCUCCCCAGUGAAUAGACCCUCAGCAGCCAGCAAGUCGCUGUCUCCGGUCACCUCCCGGUCCCCGGGGGCAGCUGUGUCAGCCCCGCCAAAGCCACAGAGCCCAGCUCAGAAUGCCGCCCCACCCCCAGACGCCUCUCAGGAUAAGCUAGCAGGACAGAUAGCACUGGAAAACCAGAUCCAUCAGCGAAUAGCAGAGCUGAGGAAGGAAGGCCUGUGGUCCCCUAGGCGGCUGCCCAGGCUGCAGGAGGCCCCGCGCCCCAGAGCUCAUUGGGACUACCUGCUAGAGGAGAUGCAGUGGAUGGCCACGGACUUCGCCCAGGAGAGGAGGUGGAAAGUGGCCGCUGCCAGGAAGCUCGUCAGGACGGUAGCGCGGCAUCAUGAGGAAAAGAAGCUCCGUGAGGAAAGGGGGAAGAGAGAGGAGCAGAGCCGGCUGAGACGGAUAGCUGCCUCAGCUGCCAGAGAAAUUGAGUAUUUCUGGUCAAACAUCGAACAGGUGGUGGAAAUAAAACUGCAAGUAGAAUUAGAAGAGAAAAGGAAGAAGGCCUUAAAUUUACAGAAAGUGUUCAGGAAAGGAAAAGAGUCGAGACCUAAGGGACUUGAUGUGUUACCGGAAAGUGUUCUGGAUUUGGGAGCACCUGCAAGAAAACGGAAAGCGAGCACAUCCCUCACUGAUGAGGAAGUGGAAGACGAGGAGGAGACAAUUGCAGAGGAAGAAGCGAAUGAGGGGCUUGUGGACCACCAGACAGAGCUGUCAGACUUGGCCAAGGAAGCUGAAUUGCCCUUAAUUGAUUUGAUGAAGUUGUAUGAAGGUGCCUUUUUGCCGAAUUUCCAGUGGCCCCAACCUCCCCCUGGCAGUGAGGACACGAGUGAGGACGAAGACACAGAAGAUGGUCCAGGUGACCAGGAGAGCCGGCAGGACGUGGUCGUCAUCGACUCGCUAUUCGUCAUGGACCAGUUCAAAGCUGCUGAGAGAGUGGGUGUUGGGAGACCUCACACAAGGGACAUCGCGGAGGUGACCGCCAUGGCUGAAGCUGUGCUGCCUAAGGGCAGUGCUCGGAUCAGCACCCCGGUGAAGGUGAGCGCCCCCUCUCUGCUGUAUGGUGUGCUCCGAGAUUACCAGAAGGUCGGCCUGGACUGGCUGGCCAAACUCUACCGGAAGCAUCUCAAUGGCAUAUUGGCGGAUGAGGCCGGGCUGGGCAAAACAGUGCAGGUCAUCGCUUUUUUUGCACACCUGGCUUGUAAUGAAGGCAAUUGGGGCCCUCAUCUUGUCGUUGUGAGAAGCUGUAACAUCCUCAAGUGGGAGCUGGAAUUGAAGCGUUGGUGUCCUGGGCUCAAAACCCUUUUAUAUGUUGGCAGCCACAGAGAACUCAAAGCAAAGAGACAGGGCUGGACCGAGCCCAACAGCUUCCACGUGUGCGUCACGUCCUACAAGCUGUUCUUCCGGGGCUACCCGGCCUUCGCGCGCGUACGCUGGCGCUGCCUGGUCAUCGACGAGAUGCAGCGCGUCAAGGGCCUGACGGAAAGGCACUGGGAAGCCGUGUUCGCCCUGCACAGCCAGCAGCGCCUGCUCCUGAUAGACGCGCCCCUGCACAACACCUUCCUGGAGCUGUGGACCACGGUGCACUUCCUCAUCCCGGGCGUCUCCAGGCCCUACCGGCACUGCCCGCUGAAAGCCCCCAGCGAGGAGAGCCAGGACUACUACCACAAAGUGGUCAUACGGCUGCAUAGGGUGACCCAGCCGUUUAUUUUGAGGAGAACCAAGAGAGAUGUGGAAAAGCAACUGACGAAGAAAUUCGAGCAUGUUCUGAAGUGCCGCCUUUCUAACCGACAGAAAGCCUUGUAUGAGGACGUCAUCCUGCAGCCCGGGACCCAGGAGGCCCUGAAGAGCGGGCACUUUGUGGGCGUGCUGAGCAUCCUGCUGCGGCUGCAGCGCAUCUGCAACCACCCCGGGCUGGUGGCGCCCCGGCGCCCCGAGUCAUCCUACACGGCGGGGCAGCUGCAGUACCGCUUGGCCUCCCUCGUCCUCAAGGCACUCGACCGAGACUCCUGGAAGGAAACCGAUCUUUCUAUAUUUGAUCUAAUUGGCUUAGAAAAUAAAAUGACUCGCCACGAGGCAGAAUUGCUAUGUAAGAAAAAGGUGACACGGAAACUCAUCGAGGAGCUGUUCACUGCACCGCCCCCGCCGGGCAGGCCACCGGCCGUCAGGCUGAAGCCCAGCAGGUUGUUCCAGCCUGUGCAGUACGGCCAGAAGCCCGAGGGCCGCACGGUGGCCUUCCCCAGCUCACACCCGCCCCGGACGGCAGCCUCCACUGCGGCCACUGCCACUCCACAGGGCCACGUUCGAGGACGGCCGCCGAUCGCCACGUUCUCUGCAAACCCGGAUGCCAAAGCGGCCGCAGCCCCGUUUCAGACCUCGCAGGCCCCCACCGGCGCUCCGAGACCACAGGCCGCCUCGACCUUCAGCACAGCAGCUAGCCCAGCCCAUCCUGCGAAACUGCGGGCUCAGGCCGCGGCCCCCGCCUCCACCCCGGGUCCGCCCCCGCCCCAGCCCCAGGCCCCCUCGCACGCGGGGCAGGGCACAGUGCCUCAGGGGCUGCUGCUCACCUCGCAGGCCCAGGCGCGCCUGCCCAGUGGGGAGGUCGUCAAAAUAGCCCAGCUGGCUUCCCUUGCAGGGCCACCGAGCCGAGUCGCCCAGCCAGAGACCCCUGUGACGCUGCAGUUCCAAGGAAACAAGUUCACCUUGUCCCAUAGCCAGCUGCGGCAGCUCACGGCUGGCCAGCCCCUGCAGCUCCAAGGCAGCGUUCUUCAGAUUGUGUCCGCCCCCGGGCAGUCCUACCUGCGCCCGCCAGGCCCCGUGGUCAUGCAGACGGUGUCCCAGGCAGGCGCCCUGAACGCUCUGGGAAGCAAGCCCCCUGCCGGCGGCCCGGGCCCUGCACCUGUGACCCCACCAGUCGGUGUGCCUGGCCGAGUGGCCGUCAACCCCCUGACUGUAGGAGACUCUGCGAUGGCCUGCAAACCAGCCUCCCCCAUCGGAGGGCCGACCCAGGAGGAAAAAGCCCGACUUUUGAAAGAGCGGCUGGAUCAGAUUUUUUCUGUCAAUGAACGACGCUGCUCUCGCACCCCCGUCUACGGCAGGGAUCUCUUGGGGAUUUGUUCCCUGCCCGGCAUGGAACGGGUACCAUGGCUCGGGGCUUCGGACAGCAGGCAUGGGAAGGGGGCGGGGCCAGCGAGCCGUUACAUAUCACCCUCCAAAACUCAGAAGGGCCUGAUUUUGACGCUGACCCAACGGCAGGAGUCCCUCCAGGAUGUCAUCGACAGGGUGGUGUGCGUGAUCCCGGCGGUGGUGGCCGCGCCCCCAUCCCUGUGGGUGGCGAGGCCACCUUCCCUCUACAGCCACAGGAUGCGGCUUUUCAGACACCGCCUGCGAGAGCACACGGCGCCCUAUGCCCAGCAGCUUCGGCGGGCGACGGCCCUGCGCUCGCUGCGGUUCCCCGAGCUGAGGCUGGUCCAGCUCGACUCAGGAAAGCUGGAAGCCUUGGCGAUCCUGCUGCAGAAGCUGAAAUCAGAAGGGCGCCGGGUGCUGAUUUUGUCACAGAUGGUCCUUAUGUUAGACAUCCUGGAGACGUUCCUGAACUUCCAUUACCUCACCUACAUACGGAUUGAUGAGAAUGCCAACAGCGAACAGCGGCAGGAGCUGAUGAGGAGCUUCAACAGAGACCGGCGUGUGUUCUGUGCCAUCCUCUCCACUCACAGCCGUGCCACCGGCGUGAGCCUGGUGGAGGCCGACGCCGUGGUGUUCUAUGACAACGACCUGAACCCAGUGAUGGACGCCAAGGCCCAGGAGUGGUGUGACAGGAUCGGGCGGCGCACGGACGUGCACAUAUACAGGCUUGUGAGUGGCAAUUCCAUUGAAGAGAAAUUGUUGAAAAACGGCACCAAAGACUUGAUCCGAGAGGUGGCCGCACAGGGGAACGACUACUCCAUGGCCUUCUUGACACAGCGGACCAUCCAGGAGCUGUUCGAGGUGUGCUCACCCAUGGACGACGCUGGCUUCCCAGUGAAAGCCGAGGAGUUUGUUGUCCUUUCUCAAGAACCUUCUGUCACAGAAACCAUCGCGCCCAAAAUUGCACGACCUUUCAUAGAGGCCCUGAGGAGCAUCGAGUAUCUGGAGGAAGACGCACAGAGGCCCGCGGAGGAGGCCGUGCCCGGCUCCCCGGAUCCCGACAGUGCCGGGCGGGACCAGACGCCCUCACAGUUGGAGGAGCUGGCUGACUUCAUGGAACAGCUUACACCAAUUGAAAAAUAUGCUUUGAAUUACCUGGAAUUAUUCCAUACUUCCAUCGAUCACGAGAAGGAGAGAAAUAGUGAGGAUGUUGUUCUGAGUGCCCUGAGGGCCUGGGAGGCCCAGAACCUGCGGGCGCUGCGGGCACAGGAGGCCCAGGCGCUGCGGGAGCGGGAGCAGGAGCAGCUGCUGACCUACACCAGGGAGGAUGCCUACAGCGCGGAGUACAUCUGCGAAGGUGCCGACGGGCAGACGGAAGUCAUGCCGCUCUGGACGCCUCCCACGCCCCCCCAGGACGACAACGACAUCUACAUCGACUCGGUCAUGUGUCUCAUGUACGAGACAACGCCAAUCCCGGAGUCCAAGCUGCCUCCUGUGUACGUGAGGAGGGAACGCAGGCGACACAAGACGGACCCCUCAGCCGCCGGCAGGAAGAAGAAGCAGCGGCACGGGGAGGCUGUCGUCCCCCCGAGGUCCCUGUUCGACCGUGCUGCCCCGGGCCUGCUGAAGAUGCGGCGAGAGGGCAAGGACCAAAAGAAGAACGUGCUGCUGAAGCAGCAGACGCAGUUUGCCAAGCCUUUGCCGACAUUUGCCAAACCAGCCACCGAGUCAGGUCCUGACAACCCCGAGUGGCUGGUCAGCGAGGACUGGGCGCUGCUGCAGGCCGUGAAGCAGCUGCUGGAGCUGCCCCUGAACCUCACGAUCGUGUCCCCAGCCCACACGCCCAACUGGGACCUCGUCAGCGACGUCGUCAACUCCUGCAGCCGCAUCUACCGCUCUUCCAAGCAGUGCCGGAGCCGUUACGAGACGGUGCUCAUCCCCAGGGAGGAGGGCAAGAGCAAGAACAACCGCCCUCUGCGCACAGGCCAGAUGUACGCCCAGGACGAGAAUGCCACGCACACCCAGCUGUACACGAGCCACUUUGACCUGAUGAAGAUGACAGCCGGGAAGCGGAGCCCCCCCAUCAAGCCUCUGCUUGGCAUGAACCCUUUCCAGAAAAACCCCAAGCACGCCUCCGUGUUGGCAGAAAGUGGAAUCAACUACGACAAACCCCUGCCUCCUAUUCAGGUUGCAUCUCUCCGCGCAGAGCGGAUCGCCAAAGAGAAGAAGGCUCUGGCGGAUCAGCAGAAGGCUCAGCAGCCGCCAGUGGCACAGCCCCCGCCGCCCCCUCCGCAGCCGCCGCCCCCCCAGCAGCCCCCUCCGCCGCUGCCCCAGCCCCCUACGGCGGGCAGCCAGCAGCCGGCCCCACCCACCGUGCCACCACCUGCCCAGGCACAGCCCCCAGCGCAGCCCACGCAGCCCCCACCGAAGGCGCCUCCCGCAAUCACCACGGUGGGCAGCGCCGCUGUGCUGCAGGCAGGAGCCAUUAAAACAUCCGUUACGGGGACAAGCAUGCCAGCAGGCACAGUGAGCGGGAACGUGAUCGUGAACACCAUCGCAGGCGUCCCUGCCGCCACCUUCCAGUCGAUUAACAAGCGCCUCGCUUCACCUGUGGCACCUGGAGCCUUGGCGACCUCCGGAGGCUCAGCGCCUGCCCAGGUGGUCCACACCCAGCAGCGAGCGGUUGGCUCCCCGGCCACUUCCGACCUGGUGUCCCUGGCACCAACUCAGGGUGUUCGAGCAGUCACCUCUGUGACAGCCUCAGCUGUGGUCACUACCAGCCUGACUGCAGUGCAGACCCCAACUCGAUCUUUGGUGACUCAGGUGUCCCAAGCCGCAGGGGUCCCACUGCCUGGGAAGGCCAUCACGCCCGCACACUUCCAGCUCCUCCGGCAGCAGCAGCAGCAGCAGCAGCAGCAGCAGCAGAGCACGCAGGUGCAGGGCCCACAGGUCCCGGCCCAGGCCCAGCCGCCCACGCAGAUCAAAGCCGUCAGCAAGCUGACCCCGGAACACCUGAUCAAGAUGCAGAAACAGAAGCUGCAGCUGCCCCCGCAGGCCCCCCCACCGCAGGCCCCACCGGGGCCCCCGCCGCCCGCUGCCCAGGUGCAACCGCCACAGCCCACACAGCAGCAGAGCCCCCAGCUCACCACGGUCACAGCCUCGCGGCCCGGAGCCCUGCUCACGGGCACCACCGUGGCCAACCUGCAGGUGGCCCGGCUCACCCGGGUCCCCACCUCGCAGCUGCAGGCACAAGGCCAGAUGCAGACGCAGGCACCCCCACCGGCUCAGGUGGCGCUGGCAAAGCCUCCGGUGGUGUCCGUGCCCGCGGCCGUGGUCUCCUCGCCGGGCGUCACGACCCUGCCCAUGAACGUCGCUGGGAUCAGUGUGGCCAUUGGGCAGCCGCAGAAAGCCGCAGGACAGACCGUUGUGGCCCAGCCCGUGCACGUGCAGCAGCUGCUGAAGCUGAAGCAGCAAGCAGUGCAGCAGCAGAAAGCCAUCCAGCCACAGGCCGCCCCGGGCCCAGCCGCUGUCCAGCAGAAGAUCACUGCACAGCAGAUCGCUGCUCAGGGCCAGCCGCAGAAGGUCACCUAUGCCACCCAGCCAGCCCUUAAAACCCAGUUUCUCACCACGCCCAUCUCCCAGGCGCAGAAGCUGGCUGGGACCCAGCAGGUGCAGACCCAGAUCCAGGUUGCAAAACUCCCUCAAGUUGUCCAGCAGCAAACCCCGGUGGCCAGCAUCCAGCAGGUGGGCUUGGCUUCACAGCAGGCAUCCCCACAGACUGUGACCCUCACGCAGGCAACAGCGGCCGGGCAGCAGGUCCAGAUGAUCCCUGCAGUGACCGCGACUGCUCAGGUGGUCCAGCAGAAGCUCAUGCAGCAGCAGGUAGUGACGACGGCGGCUCAGCUGCAGACCCCUGGCGUCCCCAACCCGGCACAGGUGCCAGCCAGUGCCGACAGCCCAAGCCAGCAGCCCAAGUUACAGAUGCGAGUGCCCGCGGUCCGGCUGAAGACGCCCACCAAGCCUCCGUGCCCCUAGCCAGGAGCGCGGCAGCCUCAGGGUGGGCCCCCAAGCCCCGCACCAGCUACCCAGACCGGGAGGCAGUGCCACUGAGGGUCCGGCUCCAGGAAAGCUGUCACUGAAACACAGCAGUGGAGCCCUCCAUCACAGUGCACCUUCACUGGAUGCCAUGACAAGCGGCUCAGGCAGCAGUGGCAGGCUCGCCCAGGUCGCUUGACCUGUUCGUGUCCUGCAGAGAGCAGCGCUGGCUCUUGUUAGGGCAGCGUGUGCACAUCCCAGGAACCACUAGGAAUGUGCAGUGAGCCGUACAGUGGGCUUCCUAAAGCUACGGUGCCGUCUCUGACAGCAUCUGCCUCUGCGUGGUUCUCCACACCCCACGGAAAGUGCACCCCGGGCCGUAGAUGAGAGAGGCUGUCCGAGGUCCAUCUGCUCAGAUCAGAGACACAUGUGGCUUCUUCCUUCCCUCCCACAGUGGGACUUGUGGAACUUCUUGAGGAAAUAUUUCGUACUGGCCCCACCGAAGCACAUUCAUAACGCAUCCCAGCUUGUGUGGAAGGGAACAGCCUGUGACUGAACUUGAUUCCAAAGAGCAGCCAGGGUGGCUCCACGACCCUCUCCCGGUGUGACUUAUUUCUACGUGGGCGGAACCUUCUGGAUUGUUUUCUACCCCGGCACUCCACGACACUUGCCCAGUUUUGGCGUAAAGCUCAUGUUUGGACUUGGGGCCCAGAACACUUACUGUGCAGCUGUCACAUUGUGGGUGUCACUGCUGAGUGCACAGCACUCGGUGACAACAGGGACACCUGUCACCCCACUCUCCACUCUCCUGUUUCAUGCCCAGCCCGGGCGUGCUCUGCAGAGGUGAGAAACCUCGUACGGGGCAGUCUGUGUAUGGGCCCAGUGUCACCCACAGAAACGGGCGUGAUAAACUCUCCCUCGUAGACUUGUGACAUCGGGUUUCUGUGCCGGGGUCUCAUGUUGAGCAGACACACGUGCUCAUGGUUCUGUGUAAAAUGGCGCAGCAUCUGUGCUGUUUUAAGGGGCCCACAGUGGAGGGGCAGAGAGAGGGCCAUGUUUGUACCGUUUCAUUUUUCACAACGAACGGCACGAUGACAGAAACGACUGCAGUGGGCUUGACUGGCUGAUGACGGCUGCUUACCUGGAAUGUUCCCCAGGCACACAGCAGGCAUCGAUGACACCAUCUGCGCUCUGAGCUCCCGACUCACUCGAUCCAGGAAACCGUCCUGUCAGGUCUAUGUGUACUGAGGAUGAGUUACGGCAUACUAGAGGGUUUUAUGUUGAUUUAAUCUGCCCCUCCAUCUCACCUCUUUGAUGGCGCAAAGGAAAGAAAGCCUUCUGUCCUGGAGUGUUUGGUUUCCCAUCAGUUAACGGACAGCGAAUGAUGCAACGACUGUUAGUGAAGCCAGUGUGCAGCUUAUUUUUUUGAGCGCUCGGAGAGAAAUUCGGAAGAAAGCAAAAAGCAAGUGUUGAAAACGGAAGGGAUUUAACACUUACCUGAGCACGUCGAAGCACAGGACUUGGGCAGGCUGGUCCAGAGUGGAGCACGCCCCGCGCGGCGCCCACGUGCAGAGCUGGGCUGCGGGAAUCCUUGUUGCUCUUACUUCACUGCUGCGCCAUGAGCUUCCUUCUCUCCUCCGCGCAGUGUUGCAGGCUCCCCAGGUGACGGUAACAGACGGAGUGCCCUGCUUAGUGUCCUGGCACAGCUGCAGCCUAGAGGUCUCUGUCAGUGCAGAGCACCUAUGCCCAGCUUUCUAAGAACAGGCCUGGGGCCCUGAAGAUGUGCGGUGUGGGACUGCUGCCCCGCCCUGCCGUGGGCGAAGGGCUCGCCUCUGGAGCGUGUUUCCUUCAGCAGCCAUCGCCUGAUGCAGAACGUGCAGCUACAGUUUCCUCAUGUCACUUGCUUUAGUGGCGUCCACAUGUCACCCUGACCUGCUCGUCUCCAGCAGUCGCUGAGGAAGAGUCCUCCUUCCAGAACAGUGUUCAAGGCUAGACUUCCCGCCCGUGUAGUGUGAACCGUGGUGCCCAGCAGCACACCAUGUGACGGCGGGAACACGUCUUCAGAACGUGGAGACAGCAGCUGCGCAUUGGCUGGCUGGCCUCUGACGAAGCUGGGCUCUCACUGGAAGAUUGGGGGUGCGGGGAGGUGCCGCCACCUGGGAAAGCCUUCCUCUCCCAGCUUUAUGAGUUUUGUUAACUGUUGUAACCAGAUAGCGGUUGUGUUUUAAAGUAUAAAGGAGGGAGGCCGAAAUUGUACAUACUUGUAAACAUGAUCAUUUGUACUUGAAUAGUAGGGUUUUAAAGGGCAUUGAUACCCCACCACAGAAAAGGUACAAUAAAAUGACCUUUUUAUAUGUUU